UCAAGGUUUACUGAAGUCAAAAUGCCGCAGAAGAUCCGUGGUGGUUCUGUGGUAGAGAUGAAAGGGGAUGAGAUGACGCGAAUCAUUUGGGAACUGAUCAAGGAAAAACUCAUUUUCCCCUAUGUGGAGUUGGACCUGCACAGCUACGAUUUAAGCAUAGAGAAUCGUGAUGCCACCAACGACCAGGUCACCAAGGAUGCUGCCGAAGCUAUAAAGAAAUACAACGUCGGCGUCAAGUGUGCUACCAUCACCCCGGAUGAGAAGAGGGUCGAGGAGUUCAACUUGAAGCAAAUGUGGAAAUCACCAAAUGGCACCAUCCGCAAUAUCCUGGGGGGCACAGUCUUCAGGGAAGCGAUCAUCUGCAAAAACAUUCCGCGGCUCGUGAGCGGGUGGGUAAAGCCCAUCAUCAUCGGCCGCCAUGCUUAUGGGGAUCAAUAUAGAGCAACUGAUUUUGUUGUUCCUGGUCCUGGAAAAGUAGAAAUAACCUACACGCCAAGUGACGGAAGCCAAAAGAUGACCUACUUGGUACAUAAUUUUGAAGGAAGUGGUGGUGUUGCCAUGGGGAUGUUCAAUGAAGAUAAAUCAAUUGAAGAUUUUGCUCACAGUUCCUUCCAGAUGGCGCUGGAUAAGGGUUGGCCUUUGUACCUGAGCACCAAAAACACUAUCCUGAAGAAAUAUGAUGGACGUUUUAAAGACAUCUUUCAGGAAAUAUAUGAAAAGAAAUACAAAUCUCAGUUUGAAGACCGGGAGAUCUGGUACGAGCAUCGGCUCAUCGACGACAUGGUGGCCCAAGCUCUGAAGUCCGAGGGUGGCUUCAUCUGGGCCUGCAAGAACUAUGAUGGCGACGUGCAGUCGGAUUCCAUUGCCCAAGGUUAUGGCUCCCUUGGCAUGAUGACCAGUGUGCUGGUUUGUCCAGAUGGCAAGACAGUCGAAGCAGAGGCUGCCCACGGGACUGUUACACGUCACUACCGCAUGUACCAGAAGGGACAGGAGACAUCCACCAAUCCUAUCGCUUCCAUUUUUGCCUGGACCAGAGGGUUAGCUCACAGAGCUAAGCUUGAUAAGAACAAAGAGCUCAGCAUCUUUGCACAGACUUUGGAGGAGGUCUGUAUUGAGACGAUUGAGGCUGGCAGCAUGACCAAGGACUUGGCUGCUUGCAUUAAAGGUUUAUCCAACGUGCAACGGUCUGACUACCUGAAUACCUUUGAGUUCAUGGACAUACUUGGACAAAACCUGAUGGUGAAAUUAGCAAAGUUCAAACUUUAAAAUCACAUCUUGGGUUAGGAGCCUAAAGGGUAGUUUUAUUUUUUUUCUUUUGGUAACUAGGUCUGCUGGUUUACAUUUUUCUGUAUAACACUCAAGGGAAAAGACAAAAAUCAAUUUUGUAAUUUGUUUAGGAACCAGAAAUUUAUCUUUUCUAUGCGUUUACAGUCUUUUUCUUAUACCUACAGUUACUGCCACCUUCCUGAAGGUGGCAAGGG